CAUUUUUCGUCAGGCCUCCGAACGGCCGAAGUAUCAAAACAGACGCGCUGACCAGCGCUGUUGCGACGCAUUUUCAUUGAGUGUUUUCUGUCCGCGUUUGCAUUCGGCCGACUGAACAGUGUUUUUUAGUAGGGGUAACUGGUUUGGGAAAACCGCUCUUUUUAAGAAGAGUUUUGACUUGUGUGUAUUUUAUACCCUUGGAAACAACUACAUACACUUCACAGUAUGGCAGAAACAAUUUUGAAUGGUGAUUCUCCGCAGAAAAACAUGAUUUCAAAGCUGUUUUAUACCGGCAACGACUCGAAAGACUCACCGCCGAGUCCCACAGAAGAACUGAACGGAAACUCGUUGUCGCCCAGCCAGGAGGCAGAAUGCAGGAGAAUUAGCAAGAGACUGAGUGAGGACUUUAUCCAUUUCAAACUGCAGUCGAAUGUCGGGCGGCCACCCUGCAAGUACUCCGAAACACUGCGGAGGGUUGGGCGUGAGGUUGAGGAAAGAUACGCUAUUUCACUGAACGGACUUGUGAACAAUCUCCAGUACGACCCAAAGAAACAUGGCGCCGGAAAAGAGCUGUUCAGCGUCAGCCUGAAUGCCAUGUUCGAGGAAGGUGCUGUAAAUUGGGGUCGCGUUGUAAUGGUUUAUGUGUUCGCCGCUCGACUGGCCAAAUACUGUGAGGAAAAUGGCAACUCGGAGUACGUUGACGAGGUUGUGGAAGUCUGCGGCGACUAUGUCUCUGAGAAGUUAACACCCUGGAUUAUGAAGCAAGGUGGUUGGGAUAAUUUCAAUGAGAGUUUCAAGGCUAAAGAUUGGAAGGAGAAGGCAACCUUCAACUCGUUACUGGUUACAGGGGCUGUACUUGGUGGACUUGCUGCGCUGAGGUUCCUGACCAAGUAAACAAAACUACAUGUACAGCAAGAAGUACACGGGGAAAGGAUAGUGGCCUAUUUGUUAUUGCGUACAGACGGACAAUGAUCAUCCAUCAAGUCAAUGACUGGAACACUUUGUCAGGAUUGAAAGAACCGAAAUGGCUAAUAUAAUACAAUUGGCUAUCCAUAAUCAAGUGUUGAACAGAUGUAAACAAAUGUACAAACCUCAACUUAGUUUUUACCAUUCUGCAUUCUAUUAGAAGUCAAAAACUUGAGGAAAAUUACAAUAUAUUUUACUAGAUUUGCAAAAUGUUAGCAUAUUAUUAAAGCCCCAAAACUUGUGGGUUCAAUUUUCAAAACGUAAAAAAAGUACUUUCUUUUACUCAAUUAAAAUUUCUUGCUUCUUUUGAAACUUCAAGACGAAUAAGGAAGCUCACUGAAAUGAAAGAUGCAUGAGAAUUAGCCAUAAGCCUUUAAAAACUGGUGGUUGGGCUACAAUUGUACAUUUUUGGCCAGAUUUUAUUUAAUUCGCGAAAUACAACUGUUUAAACAUACCAAAUGAAAAUAAUGCUAUGGAUUAAAAGAAAGUUUGCUUGAUGUGCAUUGAAAAUUCUGGUCCGCUGAGAUGCAGAGAUUGCCAUUUUGAAAACACUCUCGCUUGGAUGAAUAUAAUUUACAUAAAUUUCCAUUGAAAUAGGUUGGUCACAUUGCAGCUGAUUUGUGUUCUAUCGAAUGCCUUUGCUUAGUUACACUUACAUUUUUCUUUGUGCACCCUCCAAAACUUAACUUCUUUGUGUAUUUAAAAACUUUGGCAAGUGCCAUUCAUUCUUAAAAUAGCCUAAGAAAGUCAUUCCUGUGAAACUUUUUCCACAAGUAUUUAAUGUGUAAUUUUGAAAUUUGCAUAGCCAUAAGCACAUGCAGUGUUGUCUGCAGAGUGCUCUGUGUGCGGGGGCACGACCCACAGUGAAAGGAGCACACGCCCCUUUACAAUGCAUAACAUAUUGCCUCUGCGAAUGAUUAAUUUGUAUUUUAUAAAGGUUCAUUUGGCUUGCUGGGUGUGUGCCAACAGUGAACAAUGUUUACACACAAGUGCUCAGCAUGCACUAUAAAUAUGGUGCAUACACGUGUCAAAUAUGGAAAACAUUGACAAUGUUGCAUGACAUUGAAACAAAUGUUGUAUAACUACAUAUGUAUGUGUAAACUCAAGUACAUGUUUGUGACAGUGUGGUGCCUGCUCAGCAGUUUGUGACCUGCAAGGGUGUGAAGUGUAUUGAGUGUUAUCUGUACUUUUAAAAUAACAGUGAUUUCCAUAUUUGUGAUUGUUAUUUGGCACUGCUUGAAAUUAUUUCCAGCAUUUUGGAGAAGUGUACGCAGGUUGUAGAUACCUUGUUUUUGUGCAAACUGAUCGGUGCAACAUUGAAAGUUAAAGUGGUGCUUGAAGUUAAAUAUUUGCAAGUGCACAUGUAUGAACUAUUCAGUAACUUCAGGUAACUUUUUACUCUCCCAUUUUCAACCCUAACUUCACUGCAUCCUCAAAAAUUCACACCAGGUUCUGAACUAUUUUGGUGGAUGGAAGACCGCACCGUGUAGCCUCCUAGAUAUCUCUACAACAGGGCUUCUAUAACUAGCUGUACAUACAUCCGAUCCCAAACGGCAAAUUCUUAAAGGCUCACGGUAGAAUACACUGAAAGUUAGGGUUGAUGGAAAGUAUGCUUCUGAAGACCAAAACUGAUUUCAAGCAAUGCCUAAUAUGAAACACAGAACCCACUUCAAACAGAUUUCGAUCUGAAGUGAUCAUGCGGUAGAACUGUACUGCUAAGGACAUCGUAUGACGUGCAAUAUUGUAUUCGUAAGACACAAAAAAUGUACAGUUUAUUAGAAUAAUUGUAUGAUUUGAUGUGGUGUACUGUGCUAGUGCUAGCAAAACCAUCUUGGUAUGUAAAUAAUGAUUAAAACUCGACCUAAUCUGGCUGGCAACUGUAUAGAAUUUUGUUGAAAGAAGACCUCAAUUGGGGGAUCCAGAUAUUUUGAUUCUACAUUCACAAUUUGCAAACACCGUAUCUUCUGAGAAGAACACUUUCUGUUAGAGAUGGCACAGAAUUGGUUUUUGGUGUCAUCCACUAUUCCUGUGUGGUGUCCAAUUCGUAAGUGCUACAAGCCUAUGACAACAAAAAUGUUUCAAAAUGUAACAUUUUAUUUAUAUUCAAGAUGUCAAAUUAUUAUGGUACUCAUAUAUGUAAGACAGACUACAGCAAUGCAAUAUUUAAAAAUUGCCUCAUGUAAGGUGGGCGUGAACUGCAAGCAUACUUCCUGGUUUAUUGAAAAUUCUGGUUGACAUUUUGAAUAGUCAUGCAUUUCCUUCACCGAACAUUUGGCUUUUCCAUAUUUGGAACCACACAUUUACUUGAACAUUACACUCGUGAUCAAUGGUCUAUAGAAAAAUUACAGGCUCAAAGUUAUGUUUGUUUAUGUCCAAUACAGACUGCCUUUUGCCUGUAACUAUUUAAAAAUGGUCGUAAUAUUUUACCGAUGCCCCAACAGCCAGACUGGGUCACACGUCACUUCACAUGAAAGUUAACUGGAAAAUUUACACAAUAUUUAUGAUUUUCCCCUGUAGUAAUCCAUUUUUAGGGAUUACUGGUGUUGGAACUGCAUGUAUCACUUUUGUGGCUAUGCUUGAGACAGUGUAUGAGCCAGAACAAUUGGAUCCAUUUUCAAAGUUCUGGUCGUGGACGAUCAUUGUAUGUGACAUGUUCAUGAUGUAUCACAACUAAAUCUUCCCAAUAAUAAGAGAAAAUACUGGAAAGAAAUUUGGUUGGAUUGCUGGCUUAUACUCUCUGUGCUUAAAACUGACGUCUAUUUAAAAUAGCAAUUAAGCAAGACUACCAGUAAAUAAACACUUGUAUCUUUCCUUUUUAUAUUACUUUGAAUGAUAAUCACCAACACAAGCACUAUAUAUAAUGUACAUUAAGAGAAAAUAAAUAAAUGUGAGCAAGCAAAAAU